CAGCCCGCCUCCUCACACUUUGCCACUGAGUUGUUCAGUCCCCAGGUUCACUCAGUCCCCAGAAGGAGCCAGCAUGGACAAUCUCCUUUCUAGCUUUGGAAGCAGUUUUAUUGCCAUGGAUUUCACAUUUUGACUGGAGUUGAGAAGUAUAAAGGUAACCAUUUGUUUCAGUUUCAACGAUCUGGCAAAAAGUUAGCCUGUUGCUCUUCUUCUGGAAAAGCCUGAUUGGUAAGAUUCCUUUAAGGACUCAGCCCCAAACAGCUUUAUCCCAUCCCCUCACAGACUGAAAACUAAAGCUUGCAGAGACCUCUGAAGGAAAACCUGCCCCGAGCUCUGUCACUUCACACCCAUGGCUAACCCUGGAGGUGGUACUGUUUGCAAUGGGAAACUUCACAACCACAAGAAACAGAGCAAUGGCUCACAACGCAGAAACUGCACAAAGAAUGGGAUAGUGAAAGAAGCCCAGCAAAAUGGGAAGCCACAUUUUUAUGAUAAGCUCAUUGUUGAAUCCUUUGAGGAAGCACCCCUUCAUGUUGUGGUUUUCACUUACAUGGCAUAUGGAAUUGGAACCCUGUUUGGCUAUCUCAGAGAUUUUUUGAGAAACUGGGGAAUAGAAAAAUGCAACGCAGCUGUGGAACGAAAAGAACAAAAGGAUUUUGUGCCACUGUAUCAAGACUUUGAAAAUUUUUAUACACGGAACCUUUACAUGCGAAUCAGAGACAACUGGAACCGGCCCAUCUGCAGCGCCCCAGGGCCUCUGUUUGAUGUGAUGGAGAGAGUGUCGGAUGACUAUAACUGGACAUUUAGGUUUACUGGAAGAAUCAUCAAAGAUGUCAUCAACAUGGGCUCCUAUAACUUUCUUGGUCUCGCAGACAAGUAUGACGAGUCUAUGAAGACCAUAAAGGAUGUUUUAGAGGUGUAUGGCACAGGAGUGGCCAGCACCAGACAUGAAAUGGGCACUUUGGAUAAGCACAAGGAGUUGGAGGACCUUGUGGCUAAGUUCCUGAAUGUGGAAGCAGCUAUGGUCUUUGGGAUGGGAUUUGCAACUAACUCAAUGAAUAUCCCUGCGUUAGUUGGAAAGGGAUGCCUCAUUUUAAGUGAUGAGUUAAACCACACAUCACUUGUGCUUGGGGCCCGACUCUCAGGUGCAACCAUAAGAGUCUUCAAACACAACAACACACAAAGCCUAGAGAAGCUCCUGAGAGAUGCUGUCAUCUAUGGCCAGCCUCGAACCCGCAGAGCUUGGAAAAAGAUUCUCAUCCUGGUGGAGGGUACCUACAGCAUGGAAGGUUCCAUCGUGCAUCUGCCCCAGAUCCUAGCUCUAAAGAAGAAAUACAAGGCUUACCUCUACAUAGAUGAAGCUCACAGUAUUGGGGCCGUGGGCCCAACUGGCCGGGGUGUCACGGAGUUCUUUGGACUAGACCCUCACGAAGUUGAUGUGCUCAUGGGCACAUUCACCAAAAGCUUUGGAGCUUCAGGAGGUUACAUAGCUGGAAGGAAGGGCUGCAGAGAGUACAGCAACUUGCAAAAAACACAAGAUACUUCAGACAAAGACUGCAGGAAAUGGGAUUCAUUAUCUACGGCAAUGAGAAUGCUUCUGUUGUUCCUCUGCUUCUUUACAUGCCUGGUAAAGUUGCGGCUUUUGCAAGGCAUAUGUUGCAAGAGAAGAAAAUCGGGGUGGUGGUCGUGGGAUUUCCAGCCACUCCCCUCGCAGAAGCUCGGGCUCGGUUUUGUGUUUCAGCGUCACAUACCCGGGAGAUGUUAGACACAGUUUUGGAAGCUCUUGAUGAAACGGGUGAUCUCCUGCGACUGAAAUAUUCCCGGCACAAGAAGUCAGCACGUCCUGAACUCUAUGAUGAGACCAGCUUUGAACUCGAAGAUUAAGUGUCCUGGUCCUGAAUGACACAUAAAGACUUUGCGAGAAAGACCUCCCUCCUUGCCUCACAAGGAAUAUAAAUGGAUUUUUCCCCCUUCCUCAGGACAAUUUUGGUUCCCAGACCAGCUUGAUGGAACUGAGGGAGACAUUGUUUUUACUGUCUCCAACUCAGACUGCAGAGGCAAAAAUACAAUUCCAGAUUUAAGUCUCUCUUCUUCCAAGCAUUCUACUAGAAUACACACAUGUACACACUUCUGAGAAUAGUUUUAAUGGCGAUGAGCCUGUGUUUCAGCUGCUACUGUGCAGACUCUUUGGUUCAGACCCUUUCAGGGAUUCCAACCAAAUGCAAAUGAAAGGAUUUUAAAUUUUCAUUCAGUAUGUUCACUAUGCGUUUACUUACUCCAUCUGCAGAUGUGACUGAGUGUAGUGGACAGUAACCAUCUUCCUUGUUCCACUCAGAAAAGUAUCAGCUAGAACUCAUCUGUAUCAUGGGACGUUCCAGGCAGGAGGUUAAAGAAAUGUUGUUUCUACCAUUUGUCACAAUUGGAUGUUUUUUACAGACAAGUAUCAAAAGACAUAGUUAAUGUUUUGAGGUGGAGAGCAGAACUGGCCAACUGCGACUAGAGACGUCUUUGAAGGACAUUUUCCUUUUCUUCUUGCUGGUCUCCUAGUUUUACAGCUGAGCUUCUGAGGUUUGGAAAAUUCAAGAUAUUUGUUUCAUGAGAAAGGGAAAAGCAAGCACAAGCCACUUUUAGGCCGAGACUAAAACGGUAGUUGCAAUGACUUGGACCUUGUUGGUACAGGGCACAGUGAAUGCUUAGCCUGCAUAGCCUCUAUCACCUUAAGGAAUUAGUUGUCAUUUUUCUAUUGAAUUUUGAGUAAAUGGUGAGAUUCAAGGUCCUUUAGAAUUCACUCCAAAGACCAUACUUGAAGAAAGUAUUGAUUCAAGAAGGACAUUUAAAAGCAAAUACUGACUUUUACAAGACCCAUGUUUAGGCCUAUUAAAUUGUACUAUCACUAUGAAUUGAGAGAAAGUGGGCUUGCACACUUCAAAGCAACUAACUGUAAUUUACUUGUGUUCUCUCUUUCUCGCUCUCUUCUUCUCGAUACAAACACGAACUUCUAUGGAAAAGUAGCCCUUUGUUAAUCUGAUCUAGUUUGUACAGAAAAAGCCCGUGGAGAACCUUAUCUUUAACAAGCUCCCAGGUGGUGCCCAGAUCUGGAAACUCGAAAGAGCAGUGGUGACCUUUUAGCAAAGCUUCUGUAGCAGUUGGAAUGAGUUGCAGAGCAUUCCACUCCAUCAAAUGACACUGUAAACAAAUCACUUCAAGAGAGGCUUGGCUGUGUGUGGCACAGAUUGACCCAUGCUUUCAUGCUGUGCACUGAGAUAGAAACUCCACCCGCAGAGCCUGUGAUGGAUGGAGCAAUGUGCCCUGAUGCUCAAAGCUUAUUAAAGGAAAAGAAGUGAUCAGCAUGGAAAGUUUUUUACGGGGAAAUGAUAACCCCAAGUGGGUACAUUGGUUUAAAAAUGGAUCACAAUGAUAGAGUUCUUCAUGAAUGUUCACAGGUUGUAAGAAAUACUGUUAGUGAAAGAAGUGGGUGCUGAAAAUGCAGUUUCCCAUCCAAUGAUUUUGAUUACAAAAUUCCAACUCUUCUCUGUGAAACUGGUGCAGCUUUAUUUGUGCAAAGAAAAUGUGUCAUAAAUGUGAAUGCCUUGAGUUCUAUAAACAGGAGGUCAAAAAGACAGAGAGACAUCUAGUCCUUCCACAAAGUAUGGCAAGCAAUAAACAGCUUCCUUCCUUUCUGGAUCUGUCUGUGAUCUUCACACACACCCUUCACAGCUACCUUUCAAGUUUUAAGCCCCUAGACGAGUGUCUUCAUGAGCAGGAAUGUCCACUAUUAUUACUUUCAUGGAGGAGGUUGGGUCUAAUUCAUCAUGGGAAACAACUUACACACCCAGUAUGGAGGGCAGGGAGGAAGUCAGUCUCUUUUCAUCAAGAUCCAAGGGUGUAGGGGCAACUUAUUAUACCGCCAUGUGCAAGACAAAAGGACCUAUUUCUGUCUGUCAGAGUCCAUGUUAAAUAUAGAGGUGUAAGAACAACUAUAAUCUCAGUAGAAUGCUUCCAGAGUGCAUUAGAAGGUGCCCAGGCUCCGCAGGGCCAAUAAUAUUAGACUAUGUGUCAUAUGGAAUAAGGUUCAUUAGAAGGGUGAUUGUGAAUAAUGAGAUUUUUAAAAUUUUUAAGAAAAAGCUCUCAAAUGCUAGGCUAGGCUAGGCUAAUAGGUUCAUGAUUUUAAUUCAAUAGGAUUAUUGAGUCUUGAUCACUAUGUCAGAGCCAAAAAUAUCUCUUUGGCUAGAUCUGUUGGAAAAGAGGAUUUUCUAUAAUUUUAUGCACCUCAGCCCUUCUGUUCACAUGCAUACACACACACAUACACAUAUACAAUUUUCCUUUAUGGAGGAAGCAAGUGUGUAAAGGUAUAGAUGAAGAUCUGGUUGGUUGAGAGAUAAAUGGAAGAUGUUCUUGAAAAUGACCUUCAGGAAAGCAGAAGAUAAAGGUUCCAGAUGUUAUUUGUAAGAUGGCUAUACCUGCAUAAUAAGGAAAUGGCAUAGAGUCAUUCCUAAUCUUAAUAUGAAACAAUGGUGUCAUGAACAUUUACCCAUAUUGCUUUUCAGCAUGCUUUGAUUUGACAGAGACCACAGGCUUUGGAAUUUACUAGGAAGCUGGCUAAAAUGCAUAUCCCUGGGCCCUACACCAGACCUUUACUGAAACAUAAUAGUUAUAGUGCCCAGGAAUCUACAUUUUUAACCAGCCACUAAUCCAUCCCAAAAUUUAAGAACAUUAUUCAAACUUCUGAUUUGAUAGACCAGUUGGCUCUAAUAACAGGAAACUUAUUCUGAUUAUCUUGUUGAUAAUUAAGUGUAUAUAUACUGGUAAAAUUAAUUUAUUCCACAGCCAAACUUUUCAUUGGGACAUUUUGUUCCCAUUUUCCAAGUAACUUCUCUUUCUAUAAAAAUGGAUCUAAUAUUUAAGAACAAUCUGCCAUUCAUUUGGGUAAAAUCAUUUCGUCUUCAAUCUUCUGUAUCAUUCCCUAGAAGAUGCCCAUUUCCCUUUCAUCACCUUGGCAAGAUCUCAGCUCACUGCAACCUCUGCCUCCUGGGUUUAAGUGAUUCUCCUGCCUCAGCCUCCUGAGUAGCUGGGAUUACAGGCAUGUGUCACACCAAAAAUACUAAUUUUGUAUUUUUAGUAGAGACAGGGUUUCUCCAUGUUGGUGCAUGUUUCUCCAUGUUGGUCAGGUUGGUCUUGAACUCCUGACCCCAAGUGAUCCUCCAACCUCCACCUCCCAAAGUGCUGGGAUUACAGGCGUGAGCCACCACACCCAACCUGAGUGUGGUACCUUUCUUCUCGUUUCCUACCCUUUAAAAAACAACCUUCAACCUCUGAUUAUUUAUUUAUUCCAACAACAGCUCUUCAGUAGGGUAAAGGUCUUAACAGUUCUUCAGACAAACAAUACUCUUCUGUAUUUUUCUUCAGAGAUAGCAAAUAUUACAAAUGGCUUACUCUGAUUUAAAAACCUAAGUUAUGAUGAUGACACAUUAACUCUUAAAUAUACGUUUUGAUUUAUAGCAAUAAUAGUUAUAAUACUAGCAACAAAAACAGCACCUGGUGAAUUCUUGGCAAAUGUUUCCUGGUCUCAAAAGAGUAAGAACAACAUAUUUGAAGUCUGUUCUUCAGAAUGCCCUACUCAACUGUGUAAUUUUUAGAAAAUUAAAAAGAAUCUAUGUUUUAAA